CUACCAUGGAUCUUAGAUUGAUGGUGCUUCUUCUUUUCCUGUGUGCUCUGGCCAUUACAACCACUGAAGGUGGCAUUCCUAAAUGCUGUGUGAAGAUUUCUAAGGACUUUCCCCCAAACCUGCUGAUGAAAGUGGAGAAAGUAGAUGUACAGAAGAACAAUGGUGCCUGCGAGAUCAACGCGCUUGUAUUGCACGUGAAAGGGAAGAAAUACUGUGCCCACCCCAAGGUAAAAAGAAAGCUGAAGAAGAUCCAGAGAAGAAAGGGUGGAAAAAAGAAGAAGCCUUAGAGCUCUGUGGAGGGAGGGAACAGCUAGAUGUUUGGCAAAUCACUUGUGGACAGACUACGACAAUACUAAAUGAUUUUAAGUUCUGGGAUAACCAAGUUUAAUGUGGCGCAGCUUUUCUUUCAUGUCUUUUUAUAAAUUUUCAACAUUGGAAAUAAUGAUGUGUUUAGAACAAAAAUGUAUUGCAAUAAUAGUCUAUAAGGGGGACAACUUGGUUGGCGUAGUAAAAAUAGAAUACAUAUCUAACGACUUGUAAUAAUUAAUGUUAUGAAAAAUGUGUACUUAAUAAAUAGUUUACAUGAGUCA